CGUAUACUAAAAGUAAAAUCUCUAGUUAGAUAAUAAUUUUGGAACAUAGAAAGUAAUAUGUAACCAAAAAAGAAAGAAAAGAAAAACUAAUUUGUACCCCGUCUCACAUAUAUCAAAUGUUGUUGGUAAAAAAUAUGGUUUAGGUUAUCUGAAGGCCUUAUUUUGUAAAUAUAGUAAAGUUGAAGGGGGUAGUUACAGUUAAAUACAUGUCGGCCAUUUUUGCCUCCAAAAAGAAUUUUAGUCUUGAAACUGUUGGCGCUGGACGUCCCCUGGUAUCAACAUCCAAUCCGUGUGCCAUCCACAGUCCAAUCCUCACGUCCAAACCCACAUUCAAUAUAAAUUCCCCACUCAAUCAUUAACUAUCUAAUAAUUAGAAUUUCAGAAAUUAGAACCCAUACAAUAUUUGAUUUUCUUUAGUUUCCACUCUGAAGAAAAAAUAAAGGAAGGAAGAAAGAGAGAUUUGAAAAUGUGUCGAGGAUUUGAUCUGAGCGAAAGGAAUUUGAAUGAGUUGUUGAAGAUUAAAGCCAUUUAUGUCCGUCUCUUAUUUCCCCCCACCCAUUCUUCAACUUCGUCUAAUUCAAUCAGCCCCUACGAUUCUCUAACGUUGCAUUUUCCCCCCCGAAUCAACGGCGGCCCGCUCGCGAUUGCCGGGUCCAGCGUCCGAUCCGACACUCCCGCUUUCGUCACUCUUCACCGGGUGGUCCUGAAGGAGCCGGUGGCUGAGGCGGCCGUGUACGGCAGCCGGGAGAAAGUGAGAGUGAGCGAAGGGACACGGUUUGAAAUCUACGCCGGCGACGCCAAGUUGUUGAAAGGGAUUGUUCGGAGAGAUGAGGUGGAGACCGGAGAUGAUUGGAGAUUAGAUUGCAAGUGUUGCUGCUCCGCCGAAGAAGAAUCGACACCUUCGGAAGCUGACGUCUGCGUGGAGAUUGAAGGCCACGCGCCGUCGAUAAGGGAGAAAGUGGAGAUUGAUUCGGAGACGAGGCGGCGGAGGGCCAAUAAAACGCGCCGGAGUAGUAAGAUGAGGGAGAUGUGUUCUUCUCUGGAGGAGAUUCCUGAGCAGAGGGAAAUCGAGAGCGGCGGCGGCUGCUGCUGCUGUUGUAGUGAUGGCGGCGAUAGUGAAUGGGAGGUGGUUGACGGUGGAGAAGAGUGUGAGGGGGAGGAGGUGGUGGAGGGAGUAGGAUGGGCGGUGGACGUGGGGAUAUGGGUGGUGUGUUUGGGUGUUGGAUUUUUGGUUUCCAAAGCUUCUCGCAACCGAUUAAUCAGUAGGAGGCGAACUAGAACAUUGUUCUAGAUUUUUUUUUUCUUUUCUUUUUCAAAGAAAAUUCCUAAUCUUUUUUGGUUAAUUUCUUCCAAUAUGUAAAUAAUACAUACACUCACAUACAAUAUAUUUUGAUUUUCCCCUUGCAAGUUUUCCUCUAGAACUUGAUCAUAUUUAUCGAGAUUUAGGUCCUGUUUGAUAAACCAAUUAAGUACUUAAACUUAUUAAUUAAAUACUUAAUUGAUUAGCAAUGUUUGAUAACACAAUAGCAUAACAACUUAAUUGUAAGAACUUAAUGUAUUAAGAACUUAAAUUUUAAGUGCGUUUCAUAACUGAAAGUAGGAUUCUUAAUAAUUUAAGUGAAUCUGAAAUAUUAGUACAAAUGUGAGCCUAAAAAUAAGUGAUAAGCCUAUCACUUAU